AUGCAGCACCUCUCGCUACCGAUCAUGGCAUUUAUCACGCACAGCUGCGAGAGUUCUCCACAGGAAAUGGCGCAGAGGCCCCCAUGCGGCACACUCCAUCAGGGCGUAGCGCGCCGUGUCCAUAGGUGCACCACACUCUUGCUGGGACAAGGCCCUGACUUGCUUCACCUGCGUCCCUGGACAGACACCGUUCGCACUUGCGUCCUCCCGAAACCGUUGCACUUCCGCGAGCUCCUCCACCCAGAUUUCUCAGAGCGGAUCGCUCGCGAUAAGCCACCGUUCAUAGAAUUGAAAACCAAAAAUGAUCUAACUUUUAUUGUCGUUAUAGCUUUAUUACUAGAAAAUGUAGCUUCCGAAGAAGAUGGUGUCAAAAGAGGUACCUAUCCUUUUAUGGCUUUUAUUUAUUAUCCGGAUGAAACUGUAGGCGAUGCUGCUGGAGGAAAAUUCAUCCGAAGUGCCGUGUUGAUACGAGAAAGUUGGUUAAUAUCUUCUUCUCUUGAAAGUGAAAAUACUCUUAUCGCUUUCCCGGAGAAAACACUUGUAGCAAGACUUGGGGCUAUUAGUAUAGAUGACAAAUUGGAUUUAAAUGAAGAUGAAGAAGAGCAAGAGCGCGAGAUUAUUCGAAUAGCUCGGCCUUUUACUUUUAAAAGUGCGGAAUGGUGGAACAGUGACAUAUCAUUAUUGAAGACUCUGUUGCCUUUCAAUAUUACUUUGGUAGUGGCACCUUUUGAAGCCAAUAAACUUAAUUCUAAUGAAAACUGCUUUAUGCUCGUUUACGCUAAACAAAACGAAAGUGCAACAGAGACAAGGAAUCUAAUGAAAAUAUCAGUUGAACUGAUAUCGUCUUCGCAGGCUAAAUGUGGUAGCAAUUUCAAUAAUGACACUAUGGUCUGUGCUGCGCCUAGUAGUGAGAAGAAUGAUAUUUAUAUGGAUUCCAACUUCUGCAUGAGUAAUAGUGGUGGUCCUCUUAUAUGUGGUAAUGAAUUGACCGGUAUACAGACUUACAUUGAUAAUUGUAAGCAACCAUAUCUAUAUCAGCUUUUAAAUUCUUGGGAUGAUUUAAUAUCAUGUGCAACACAAGAAAAAUGUCUCGAGGAGCAAUGCGCUAAAAUAUGCUAUAUUAUAAAUAAAGACCCAGUAACGAUGGUAACGCCUAACAUAACUAUCACUACAGAGGCAAUCAUGAAGCUAGCUGAUGGAUAUGUUAAUAAAUCUAAUUUUGAAGAAUUUAUAUCAUCGACUUUUACAACUAAUAAAGAGACUAGUGAGGCUGAAAUAGAAAAAAUAACUUUAACUACUGUGAAAGAAGAACAAACAUCAACGGAAAUGACAACAUUGUCAAGCAUUUCUGAUACACAAACGACUGAAUAUACUACAAAUAAAUCAAGUCAAAGCACAGAAAGUGUGACUUCAGAUAUUCCAGACGAGCGUGAAAGAGAGACUAAUGUCGAGGCUCAGCAGCAAGUUACAUACUUACGUAUAGGAUUCCUUCAAUACGGUCUGGAAACUUGA